UAUGAUGUUGACAACUUUUCUCUUUCAAUUGGUGGUCGCCUUAAUGGCGAUCGUUACCUACAUUAAACAUCGAAGACAAACAUACUUCAAACGUCGUGGGAUUCCACAUGAUAAGCCUCACUUUACCUUAGGAAACAUGAAUGGAUAUAAGAAAACGAGGACCGUUCACGAAAUCUACGAAAGUUACUACAAAAAAUAUCGGGACAGCAAGGCUCCUUUUGUGGGAUUUUACCUCUUCCAGAAGCCAGCUGCUUUUGUCAUAGACCUGGAGCUGGCUAAACUUAUUCUGAUCAAGAACUUUUCGAACUUCUCUGAUAAAGGACUGUUCUAUAACGAGAAAGAUGAUCCCAUGUCGGCACAUCUCUUCAAUCUGGACGGACCACAGUGGAGAUUGCUGAGAAAUAAACUAUCCUCGACUUUUACAUCCGGCAAAAUGAAGUUCAUGUAUCCAACGGUAGUAUCUGUAGCCGAGGAAUUUAUGGCUGUAAUGCACGAGAAGGUAUUGGAAAACUCUGUCGUGGAUGUACGGGAUCUGGUGGCCAGGUUCACAGUGGACGUCAUCGGAACCUGCGCCUUUGGCCUCGAGUGCAAUAGUCUGCGAGAUGAGAAGGCUGAGUUUUUGCACUUCGGCAGGCGCGCUUUAUUGGAACUGCGAUAUGGUCAUCUGGUAAGCGGCCUCAUGCGCAGCUAUCCAAACUUGGCCAGGUUCUUAGGUUUAAGUCGAUACCCCGAUCAAAUUCAGAACUUCUAUCAUAGAAUAGUUACUGAGACUGUUACCACACGGGAAAGAGAGAACAUUAAACGGAAUGAUUUUUUGGACAUGCUUAUUAAUUUAAAAAAUCAAAAGGAAAUAACUCUUGAGAAUGGCGAGGUGGUCAAGGGGCUAACCAUGAAUGAAAUCAUUGCCCAAUCUUUUGUGUUCUUCAUUGCUGGCUUUGACACCUCAUCCUCCACAAUGGGAUUCGCUCUUUAUGAACUAGCAAAGAAUCCUCAUAUCCAAGAUAAAGUCAGAGCUGAGUUGGAGGAGGUUUUAGAGAAACAUGAUCAGAAGUUUACCUAUGAGUGCACCCAGGAUCUUAAGUACCUCAACCAAGUUAUAAGUGAAACCUUACGGCUUUACACCAUUAUUCCCAAUGUGGAUCGAGUGGCCGCCAAGCGUUUUGUGGUUCCUGGUAAUCCGAAGUUUGUCAUCGAGGCUGGACAGUCGGUCAUCAUACCAUCAACGGCCAUACACCACGAUCCCAGUAUUUAUCCUGAACCCUACGAGUUCCGUCCUGAGCGAUUCUCCCCUGAGGAAUCUGCAAAGCGUUCAUCAGUUGCCUGGCUGCCUUUUGGCGAGGGUCCUCGAAACUGUAUUGGACUGAGAUUUGGUCAGAUGCAGGCCCGCAUCGGGCUAGCUCUGCUCAUCAAGAACUUUAAGUUUUCCACCUGCCCUGAGACCGCUGAUCCUCUCAGCUUUGAUCCAAAUUCCUCUAUUCUACUAGGACUAAAAUGUGGAAUUCAUCUCAAACUGGAAGCACUAUAAAUGAAAUGUGUGCCAUG